AUGAAUGCAAGAGCAGGCUAGAGAAGAAAUACUAGAGCAGGCAAAUCAGCUUAAAAAUUUGAUGAUACCUAAGAUUUUGAUGAAGAAGAAGAAUUUGAAGAAGAUAUGGAAGAAGAGUAUGAAGAAGACAAAGAUGAAUUGAGCUAAGCUGCAAAGACAAGAAAAACAAGAAACGGAAAAAAUAAUACUACCAUGAAAACAAUAAAUAAAGAAGGGAAAUCUAUAAUUGAUAAUACUUAAACAACAUUUUAAGAAGAAACCAAGGAAAGAAUGUAAAUGUUGACAAGUAAUAAAACUUCGCAAAGCCAUAAUCAAAUCCAAAUGAAACUAGGAGGAGAAGAAUAUUAUGAUGAAGAAGAAAUGGAAGAAGAUUAAACCCAGAUGAAUCAUUCAAGACUCUCAGACACAAUGAUGAAGACACCAGAAAUUAGAUCACAAAUUUCGAUUGAAAACAAUGUGGGUGCUGGCAAAUAACCAAACGUUUAUAAUGACUUUAUAAAGAAAGAGUAAAAUAAUUAUGAUAGAGUCCCAUAACCUAACAAACCCUAACCGAUAAACAAUGAUGAUUAUUUCAAAGCACUUAAAUAAAGAAAAUCAGGGGUCCCAAUAAAGCCAAGUUUACCAAGGAAAAUUGAAGCCUAAGAAUUCAACUCAGACUUGGACAUUUCAACUUACAAAGAGGUAAUUCCAUCAUUUCUUCCAAAUGAUAAGAAUUACAAGAAGUUUUAAAAGUUCCUUAAUUAAGAUGAAGAUGAUAUUUAGAAGCGACUAGGUAACAAAGUAAAUUCUGAAUAGGACGCUUACCUUGCUAGGAGGAAAAAAACCCCAGCAUAUUCUGAUCCCUUUGAUCAGCAUAUAGAAAGAAUGGACAAUAAGAAAUAUGCAGCUAGAACUGAAUCAGCUCAUGAUUCUCUUAAUCAAUCACUUUAUGAUAUUCAUAACAUGGAUGGGACUAGAGGAUCUGGAUUCAAAUCAGUUUAAAGAUAAAGAGUAACUAUAAAUGCUUUAGAAGAGGAUUAACAUCCAGGAAAUAUAAGUUUGCCUCAAAUUAGAGAAAAUAUUGGAUAGUUGGAGAAAAAGAUGGAAAGGGAACUCGAUAGAGAAGCUAAACUUAAAAAGGAUGCUAAGCGAUUGAUUGGUCAUGCACUUGGAAAGUAAGCCCCAGAGUUAGAUAGAACAGUAAAAGCGUGGCUUAAAAAAGAUAACAAUCCAGGAAUGAUAGAAAAAGAGAGAGUAAAUAUUAAUAGUGUAAAUCCAGUCAUCGACAGACAACUUAGAAAAAUAAAUUUAGAUAAGCUUAAUGAUCAAGAAUAAAAGUAAAAAGAAGUUGAUAAAAAGAUAGAAUUUAAUUAUUAAGAGAUAAAAUAGCUAUACAAUCUUUCCUUACUUGAUUAACACUUUGGAUCCCCUGAGGCAUAUCUUUUGAAGAAGAAGGAGGAUGCCAAACUUACAAUAUAACAUGUUUUCAAAAGGAAAUUUGAAGAAAAAUUAGUAUUUUAAGAAAUGAACGAUCCAAAGACUUUGAGAAAAGAUAGAAAAAGACUAGAAGAUAGACUAAGAAUGAUAAACAUAGCUGUAGAAUUGGCGAAGCAAAGAUUGGAAUGGCUGCUAUAUGAUACUCCGUAUACUGUGGUUCAACUUGAAGCAGAAAUUAAAGAUACUUUAAAAAAUAGGACUGGUUGCGAAUCAAUUUCAGAUUUUGUACUACUUUUCAGAGAGUUCGUACAUAUUGAAAGAUUGCCAGAUUUAUUAGUGCUUUUGAAUGAUGCUCUAUUAAAUAAGAAAAAAUCAUAGGAUUUUUACGAUUUUUUGAAAAAGAUUGUAGAAUUUGAAGAUGAAACUGUUAAAAUUAAAGAUGAAUUUAGUGACUAGAGGAUGGAGUAAAACAGAGUUGAAACUGAUUAAUUCUAUAACUAUGAUGAAAUCGCUCUUGAAAAAGUUAAACUUUAAGAUAAAGAAUAGUUUUUGAAGUAAUUUAAGCAAGAAAAGAUUAUUUUCUAAUUCGUGCCAUUUUGGUAUGUUCCUUUAAAUGAUGAAAAUGAUAAACUAUCCUUAUAGCUAAGAUAAAUGUUGAAAUUCGAUAUUGUUUAGGCUAAGAUUGUGUGCUCAUUUCUUACUUGUGAUAAUAUGGAUGAAAUGAUUACUUAUGCGAGACAUAAUAGAAAAUCAAAGGAAUUUGUAGUUUUUGAAAGAGAAGAAAUCAACUUUCUAUCAAGGGAACACAAGAUAUCUUAAAACAUUCUGAUGGAAUUCGCAUAAGUUAUGCUGAUUGUUUAGAAGGAGUUUUUAAUGAUACCAUAGAUGCUAUUUAAACUUGCAAAGCCUACUAAAAUUCAAGAAAUUAACUUCUCAAAUUUUGCUAGUAAUCAUUUGACAUUUGAUGCAUUAGCAGCUAUUGUUGCAUGUAUCGAACUGCAUUAGGAUAAAGUUAAAAGAUUAGUCUUUGAGAAUUGUGAGAUGAAUCCAGAAAAAGCAAAAGUUUUUAAGGGUUUAUUAGGCAAUGAAUUGAAAUCAAUUAUAUCAUGUAACUUUGAUAAUAAUACACUUGGUGAUCAAGGUUUAGAUCAUAUUGUUCAAGCUAUGAAAAACAAUCCCAAAGGAGAUAUGAGAAUUUUGAGAAUUUCAAAAAAUAAGCUCAGUAUAUAAGCUGCUAUAAGAUUAUCACAUGUAUUAAAAAAGAGACCUAAUAAUCUUCAACCAUUAAAUCUUUAGAUCCUUAAGAUGAGCUAUAAUGAAAUUGGAAAUAUAGGGACUGAAACCCUCGCAAGUUUUAUCAAGAAAAAUGGGACGCUUAAGUAUCUUGAUGUCUCUUUUAACUAAAUUGGGGAUAGAGGUUUAUACUCUCUUGCAGAUUGCCUCUUAGAAAAUGAAAAAAUCGAGGUUCUUAACAUGCUAGGAAAUGAAUUUACAGAAAAAUCUCUUGCAUCCUUAGGAAAUGCGUUAGUUGAAAAUGAAAAAAUUAAAUUGAUAAUUCUCAAAUUAGGAAAUCUUAAAUGUGAUAAGCCUGGGUUUCUAAAUUUUAUUAAUAAUGGCUACAUGAUUUCAAAAAAAUUAAGGUAUCUAUAUUUAAAUACACCUCAUUUCUAAGACCCUAUAACAAAGACUCUUAAUGACAGUUAUCUUCCUAAAAUAUAUUUAGCCACUGAAUCAUACGAUUAAAGGAUAGAUUCUAAUGUGCUUAUAGAUUUCAUGAGUUAAAUCGUAGAAUUCUAGUUAUUUGAGGGAGGAAAUACAGCCAGGGUUAUAAAAUAUGGAGAGAGACUUCUAAGAGAAAUUAUAAAGUAGAAGUAUGAAAUUAAUAACAUUGAAAUUCUGAUUUACUUGUUUGAGAAUAUUUUUGGACCAGAACAUAUUUUGAGGGACAAUCUCUCACCUUUUCAUUUGUUUGCGAAACAUGGAUAAAUAGAAGCAUUAUCAUAUUGUUUGAAGCUAAGUGUUUCACCUAAUUUUAAGACAUCAAUAGCUUACGAAGAGUAUCCUUCUGCAACAGCUCUGCAUAUUGCAUCAGGAUAUAGUUAAUUGGAUACUUGUAUUCAUUUGUUGAAAUAUGGAAUAGAAGUCGAUAAUAGAGAUUUAAAUGGAAAUACUGCUUUACAUUAUGCUGCUGUUUAGGGAGCUUUAUAAUUAUCAUAGCUAUUGAUUGAUAACGGAGGAUCAGCUUUGGUUUUAAAUAAGAAAAACAUGCUUCCAAUGCACUCUUGCAUAUUCUCAGAUCAUUUAGGCUGCUUUAAAUUCAUCAUUGAGCAAACAGAUAAAUAAAAGCAAAUUAAGUACUUUGGAAAAUAGAUAGAAAGAACUAUUGAUGUUAAAUGCUAUAAUGGUCUUACUCCUUUAAUGAUUGCGCUAGAAGAAGAAUCUGAGAAUAUAUUCCAAUACUUAAUUGAUUAAGGAGGUGACCUCAAGGCUCAAGAUGAAGAAGGAAAUACUAUCCUUCACAGAGCCAUUCUUUUAAAAAACUAGAAAAAGGCAAAACUUAUAAUUAAGAGAGGAGCUAAUAUUCAUAUCAGAUCAUUUGCAGGAGAGACACCAAUCAUGAUGGCAGUAAGAAAUGGCUUGAUAGAAGUAAUAAGAGCGUUAGUUCAGAUGGGUGCUGAUAUCAAUGAGAAGAAUUAUCGUGGAGAUACAUUACUUCAUUUAGCUGCAAAAAUAGAUCAAGCUGAUGUCAUUGGAUACUUACUUGAUAAGGGAUUAAAUACAUUAGAAAGAAACAGAGAAGGAUUGAGACCUGCAGAUUUAGCAGUAAGACCCGGAAUCAAAGAAAUGCUGUCCCAUAAUAAUGGCAGACAUAAUCUUUAUACGGAUGGGACGAUCCUGAAUAAAAAUAAAGCACACAGACCAGGCAUAUCAUUAGCUGGAACUGGUACAGAUUCGGAUGAGGAAACUAAUGCAAGGAAAAAUAAUUCAAAUAAUAAUGCAAAAUUAUUGAACGAAGAAAUGGUAAAGUAUAAUCUAGAUAAAAGAGAUUUGUUUGGAAGCUAGUAUGAUAACAAAUUGGCAGCAUAUGAUGCUGCUAAAAUAUCUAGAGAUAGAAUAAAGAUGGAUAAGGAUGAACUUAGAGAUCCUAAAAUCAAGAUCGAAGAGUAGUCGCAAGAUGAUGAUGAAGAAAAUGAACUAGAUGAGGAUCUUGAGGAAGACGGAGAAGAAUAUGAAGAUGAUUAUGAUGAGUUAGCUGCAACAAAGCAGAGAACAAAAUCUGAUCAAGUAAGAAAUCAAAAGAAUCAAUAGCAGUCUUAAAAAGCAAAUAAUACUAAGAAUAUAAAGCCAAUCUUGGAUUAACAAAAUACUGCAAAUAGAUCAGCUGGAUUUAGAGGUACAGUAGAUGUAUCUAAACAAGGAAAGAAUACCAAUAACAACUUAGUUAAUCAAACAGGGGCAAAGACAAAUUCUUCUAAGCCGAGAUAAAAUAAUGAUGCGGGAGCAAGCAAAGGGAACACUGAAGAAGAUUUCUAUAACUUAAAUGAAGACGGGGAAUAUGGUGAAGAGGAUGGAGAAGAUUUUGAGGAAGAGGAGGAAAUGGAAAAUCAAACUGCCACUAGAUCAAUUAAGAAAUCUACUGCUAGAAGAAAUUCUAGAGCAAAAAGAUGA